GACAAAACCCCCACCCGGUUAGAGCGUUCUAGAUAGAACUCGUAUUGUAUCUCUUCUGCAACUUCCUCUUAGGGUUUUAUCCUCCAAAGUCACAACCUUUUCUUAUCCUCAAGAAAUGGCGGCGACGCAACUUACAGCAUCACCAGUGACUGUGUCAGCUAGGAGCUUAGCCUCACUCAGAGCUUCGAGUGCAAAGUUUUCAUCUUUUGGGACUUUGAAACCAGGGACCCUUAGCCAGAGUCACUUCCGUCCUUUGGUUGUUAGAGCUGCUUCUGUGGUUGCUCCUAAGUACACUUCAAUUAAGCCAUUGGGAGAUAGAGUUUUGGUGAAGAUCAAGGAGGCAGAGGAGAAGACUAUGGGAGGUAUCUUACUUCCAUCCACAGCUCAAUCAAAACCUCAAGGAGGCGAAGUCGUUGCUGUGGGUGAAGGAAGAACUAUUGGGAAGAACAAAAUCGAUAUCACUGUCCCUACUGGAGCACAGAUUAUUUACUCCAAAUACGCAGGAACUGAGGUGGAGUUCAACGAUGUGAAGCAUCUCAUUCUCAAGGAAGAUGAUAUUGUUGGCCUUCUUGAGACAGAUGACAUCAAAGAUCUCAAGCCUUUGAAUGACCGAGUCUUCAUUAAGGUUGCUGAGGCAGAGGAGAAAACAGCUGGAGGGUUGUUGCUAACCGAGACUACCAAAGAGAAGCCUUCUAUUGGCACAGUUAUUGCUGUUGGACCAGGUUCGCUAGAUGAGGAAGGUAAAGUUCAGCCACUACCAAUUUCAACUGGAAGCACAGUUCUAUACUCCAAGUAUGCUGGCAACGACUUCAAGGGCAAAGAUGGUUCUAACUACAUCGCCCUCAGAGCUUCAGAUGUUAUGGCGAUCCUUUCUUAGUUUAUGUCUUUGUAACCUGCAACAAGUUGUAUCCCAAUUGUGGAAAUUUUUUUCAUCAACGGCCUGAGCAAGUGAGCAUAAUCUUGAAUAAAAAGACUUUUGAGUUUUAAAACA